AUGGCGAAAGACUCGGACCACGACACCCAGGGCGUGUCCACCGCUGUGGAUAUCGAGCUAUCUAUGAUGAAGAAUGCCGAUCCUACACUGGUCAAGCAUGCCAAACAUGCAGAUGAGGCCAUGAAGAUCUUCGAGAAUCUGCAGGGCCAAUCAGUGGAGCUUGACGAAGCGACAAACCGUCGUUUAUUGCGAACCAUUGACUGGCACAUCAUGCCUAUCAUGUGCUGUGUCUAUGGGAUGAAUUUCCUUGAUAAGACCACCCUGUCAUAUGCUAGUAUCAUGGGCCUGAAGCAGGAUAUAGGACUGGUUGCAGACCAGUACCAGUGGCUCGGCAGUAUUUUCUAUUUUGGAUAUAUUGCUUGGGAAUAUCCCACCACUAGAUUACUGCAACUCUUACCACUUGGAAAAUAUUCAGGCUGCUGCAUUGUGAUUUGGGGUACUAUUCUAUGCUGUUUCGCCGCUGUCAAGCAUUACCCUGGGGCCCUUGCAGUCCGUUUCUUCCUGGGUGCAUUUGAAGCCGCGGUAACACCGAGUUUUGCACUCUUGACUUCUCAGUGGUAUACCCGGAAUGAACAAGGACAACGUGUGAAUCUCUGGUAUAGCUUCAAUGGCUGGGCACAGAUUCUAGGUGGCCUGGUGGCCUAUGGAAUAGCUGUUGGUACACAAAAGAAUGGGUCUUCUAUCGAGCCUUGGAAGAUUGUGUUUUUAUUUACUGGGACACUAACCGUUAGCUUGGGUCUUAUCUUCCUCUGGAUGGUACCUGACAGUCAGCUAAACGCACGUUGGCUGUCGAAAGAGGAUCGUAUAUUAGCGGUUGCCCGUGUGCGUAUUAACCAGCAAGGUAUUGGUAAUAAGCACUUUAAAUGGUACCAAGUCAAAGAAGCUCUUAUGGACCCGAUGACAUGGGCAUUCUUUUUCUUCGCACUGAUUGCCGACAUUCCUAAUGGAGGUAUUACGAACUUUUUCAGCCAGUUGAUCGUGAGCUUCGGUUAUACACCCGAGCAAAGUUUACUUUAUGGUACACCUGCCGGUGCAGUAGAAGUUGUUGCCCUGCUUCUGAACGGCUAUAUCGGUGACAGAACUGGCCAGCGAAUCAUAACCAGUCUUGGAGGUCUUUUCACUGCCACUGUGGGAAUAAUCCUAAUUGUGGCCCUCCCGCUUGAUAAUAACACCGGGCGACUAGUCGGAUACUACUUAACGCAAGCUUUUCCAACUUCCUUUGUCGCUCUCCUGUCACUGAUCUCAUCCAACGUCGCUGGCUACACCAAGAAGACUACUGUUGCAGCUGUAUAUUUGAUCGGUUACUGUGUGGGUAAUAUUAUUGGUCCCCUCACAUUUCGCCCCGAAGAUGCUCCACGCUACAUCUCUGCAGAGAUUACUAUUAUUGCAUGCUGGGGAGUAUGCCUAUUCAUUCUGCUUUUUAUCUGGUGGUGGUAUAAAAAGGAAAACCGACGCAAGGCUGCUAUCCGAUCAGACCCUGGCUAUGUGAGACUGGAGAACCAGGAGUUCCUUGAUCUUACUGAUAUCGAAAAUCAAGACUUUAUCUACACCCUGUAA